CCAAAGAUAUAUCACAUGUAAUGAUGGAAUGUGGAUUUCCCAGUAACUAUUGCUUUUAAGAUACUAGAAAUGGCAAGGGGUAUUCCAAAUGUAAAGUUCUUUACCCAGUAGCUUUCGAUUUGAAAAUAGCAGGUUUCAAGGUGUAUGAUGAGUAAUAUGCUGACUGCCUAUAAGGAUCUCUCGAAACAGCGAGAGUCCUUUUAUAAAACGUUAGAGGAUCAAAGCAAAAAUGUUCCGAACGAUGUCCGACAGCGCCGAUACUGCAAAUACAUCACAAACUUUGCAUCUCAUUUCUGUAAAGAACAGUGUAUGGUGGUGGGGAGCACGACAGAAGGAACCAGACUGCGAUCAAACAUAAAUGAAGGAGAUUUUGAUUAUCUGAUUAUAUCAGGAGUAUCCAUACCCGUAGAUGCUUUGGAACAUAAAGAGGAUCUACCUUGUUUUAUCCACAUAAGAGGUGACAAAUUUUAAAAUUCGUUUUCUCACAAUUUGAAAGACGGGAAAUACCUGCACAGCCGCAUUCUAAAGGAGGUCGACAGAGAAGCUUUUAGAAUAAUGCGAGGUCUAUUCCAGGUCCUUACAAUGCCACGUGUAACCAAGGGGAGACAAACUCUUCACGCCGAAUUCAACCGUGAAGCUAAACCUGGCAUGUGUCAAGAACAUUAUGCUGGCUUCGAGGUAGUUGGUGAGGAUUUAACUCCCAGUAUGAAAUCUCUCCUUACCAACCUUCUCAGUAUGCUUGCUGAGACAACAAACAACGACAUAUUUAGUACUACAAUAGGCCAGAUCUUGGUAGGGUUAAUAGUUUCCUCAGUCGGCGAUCCGGAGUGUUCUCAGCCGAAAAGAAGAAAACAGGACACUGAGGCAAACGAAAGACGUAACACUGACGAUACAUCAAACGAAAAAGUAUUCCGGGUUAAAUUCAACUACAAAUCAAGCAAAGAUUUUAUUGCUGCAUUUCCUAUUGAUGGAAAGCUUAAAUGUCUUGAAGAAUGGAAAUGUAGAAUACUGAAUAGCGACAAAAUAUUUUGGCCGAGCACCGAAGCUGUUGAUAAAAUCUGUCAGUCGGAGGUGUACGUUGUAGCCAAACCGGCUAUUGUUGACCCGUGUCCCGACAUUGACUUUUGCCUCGGGUUCAACCAAGCUGAAAUGAUCCUAGCUUCUAGUCUCAGCUCUGAUCAAAGAUUGUGUGUCCUGCUUCUUAAAGCUCUUCAGAAAGGUUAUCUUAAAAAGCACUCUUCAUUACUUACAACUUUUCACUGGAAAACUGCCUUUUACCAUAAAUGCGAACAAAUUGAUCCAGGUCUCUUUGAUCGUUAUUCGACUAUAUUGAAUGCCCUUGAAAAUGUAUUGUCCUACAUGAUAGAUUGCUUAGAGAGAAAUUAUCUGAAGCAUUAUUUCAUAGAGAGCAAUUUAAUAGCCCAUAUUACUGAGACAGAAGCCAAUGAAAUCCGAGGGAAGAUCAAAGAAAUUAUUGCAGAUCCGGAAGCGGCUCUCCAAGUGUAUUUCGAUAUGAAUAAAGAAUGCGAAAGCUCAAAACAAGAAGAAGAGAUUUCUAUGAAAGAAAUGGAAGAAUUGAAGAAAUGUAAAUUUGAUCCUGCAAUUAGAAUACCAAAAGUAAUUACCAUGAUGUCAGAUUUGCAGAAAGAAGCCAAAAGUGACGGUUCUAAACUCACAAAAGCUAUUUUGGACACGUUAUAUAUGGUAAUUGAGGAGGAGACAGAUAUCCCAAUAAAACGACCAGAUACUACACAGAAUCCGUUGGACUUCUUAGGAAAAGGUGUCAGUUAUUAUACAACAGACUUUUCCACACGAGAUGAAGAAAAAAAGGCUCUAGAAGACGUCAGGGCGGCUGGGUUUUCCGCAGCUCGUUCAUUUUUUAGUUUUUAGUGAUGAUUAACGUGCUAAAUACUGUCUCUACUGCGUUAAAGGUCGACUAACCUUUAUAUGACUCUUAGAUGAAGCAUGGCACUCAAAGCGCUUGUCUAUCUCUUAUGAUUGUAAGUGAAUGUAAGGACUUUGUUUUCUUUUUAACUUGUAUUUUUAAAGUUUGUCAAAAAGGUCAGAUAUAUAGCCUGUUAUUAUUUUUAUUUGGGACUACUUUGAUGUUGAGAUGAAGCACAUAUUCUGAAAUAAAAGCACUGUUAUUUUGCUUUUCUUUUGUUAAAUGCAUGUACAAGUAUUCUCUUGCGAACUUGAAUACUCAUGUAUUUUUCUUGUUUAUUUGCACUGUACUAACGAACUGGGUGAUAUUGAAAUGAUUUUGUAAAAAUAUAUAUUUAUCUAAUUGAGACAUGAAAACAGUAAGGUACUCAUAUAUUAAUAAUGAACUAUGAUGUCAUAGAUAGGGCAUAAUAACUCGCAUUUGACAAUGAUAAUACAUCCUUAUUGAUAUUAAACUGUUUUUGCUAUUUCCCUUUUUGUGAGCUCUUUGUGUAUUUUGGAAGUAUUUAAUUUUUUUUUUUCAAUUCCUUUAUCGGUAUAUCAUUUAUUUCAUUGUCACACAUUUUGCGGUAUUUCGUUUUAAAUUCAGUUCGCUUAAUGUUUCAAUUUGACAGAUAUGUACCUAAAUUAACCUAUUUAUUGAUAUUACAAUUUUGCUUUCCCUUUUCGGUAGCUUUUUUUUUAAAUUGUUCGGAAGUAAUUGUAGUUUACUUUAAUCCCUAUACUCGUAUAUAAUUUAUUUUAUAUUCAACUUUUUGUAUCAUGUUAUUUACAAAUGUUAUUUACUAUAAACGUUUUGUGAAAUGUCAUUGUAUAUUUUGUAUGUGUCAAUUUUACAAAUAAAUAGCUGUCUGUGUAUACCUAU